AUGUCCACGGUGUCUGGUACCACUGAUGUCUCUAUCAAGUACCAGAGAUUGGCGGCAGAGUUCGUCAAGGUCAGAUCUCAGCUGAACAUCCUUAAGACGGCUGUUAUCGAUGAGAAAAGCAGAAACGAACAUUUGAGGAACGACGCGCUACACAAAGAUUCUCAGCUACGGAAGAUCACGGACGAGAACGAGAGUCUGAACUUCAGGAACGUUCAGCUGGUGAAGCGAGUCGAGGCACUACAGAACAGCCUGGAUGAGUUGACAAAGCUGCAGUUGAGCAAAGGGAAAAAGGUAAACAACUUUAUCAACUUAGAUAGUAGCUUUCACUUAUUUUACUGUAGUAUUUGUUAAAAUAUAAAUGGUUUCAGAAGCAAAGAGAAGCCAACCUCCGUUUGUUUGUGAACCUGGACGGAACGGAGAACUCUAACCUUCCAGGAGCGUCGAAUCAGAACACCGCCAGGUUCGUAGUCGAACAAGAGUUGGAGAGAAAAGUGGAAGAGAUAUCUACAUUACAUUCAAAGGUAAGUCUUAUAGUUAAGGUCUUAUUGUUAUAGAUAUUUGAUUUGGAACAAAAUGGUCGGAAAGAGAUCGACGACUUGAACGACCAAAUUAGCGAACUCAAAAAGGAAAAUUCGAGGUUGAAAUCGACCGAAAACGUGAGGAAGAACAAUGUGAAUGUCACUAAUGUGGAGAGAAAUCGGUACGGUUUUAGGCAUCAUUAAUACUAUUCUUGUACGUUAUUAUAAUUUGAUACAUUUGUUAUAAGUUAAUAUAGUUUAUAAUACAUUGCCUUUUCCUGUAAUGCAAACAUGGUUUGAAAAUUAAAUUUUAGUGAGACGAUAUGCCAUAAUUGCCAACAAAAUAACGUACAAAAUGACAAUGACACUUCACACCAAAUUGUACCGAACAACAAUCAACCGGUAGUAAGUCCAGUAACUCACGAUGCUCGAUUGUACGCAGAUGGUCUUCUUACGGUAGCCAAGUCCCUUUUAUCUGCAUUUUCUACCAUCUUCACUUUACUGGAGCAACGAUCAGUGCUAUAUCCAUAUGAUAUUAAUCUUGAAGUGCUUCCUGAGAGCUUCAAAACUGUAAGUUUGAGAACUUUUAGUGUUCAGAUUAUGAAGAAGAUUAAAAAAUUCCGAAAAGGCAUUAAAACUUUAAAAACACAAACAAUAACAUAUUAUGUUAUUAUUUUAGUUUGGACAGGAAAUGGUACUGUAUUCGACCGAUUUUCACGAGAAAAUAACCAAGCUGGACCAAAUUCAGACGAAAGUAAACGAAUCUGAUGACUUGAGUUUUGUAAGUUUGAAAUCUUGGCCUUACUGUCAACUGACAUUAUAAAAGUGGAAAUACAGUAUUCUAGAUAACGGAUGACAAUAACCAACAAUUUUCAGAUCGACGCCUCUUCGAAAGCCUUGUGGAGCGAUUUGUGCCAAUCCUUCAAACUCGUACAUUCAUACCUUCAGAACUCUCUGAUCGUCGUGAUUCGAGCUGAAAACGAAGUUCCCUUCUGUAGCCAGGACCUCGAAGAGCUGAAUCUGAUGUUCGAACAACACUUUCUGAUCGUCAUCAAGAACCUGAUCGAGUUGCUGUCAAAGCCAUUACCAGAUCUGUUUCAAUUGAAAUUCAGACACAUAUUUGUGGACAGGUUGAGUCAUUUACAGGGUCUACUUGAAGGUAAGGGUUAUUCAAAAGUAUAGUUAAUAACCAAUGUCAAUACUUUUAAAUGUAUUAGUUGAUGUGAACGUUCAUGUGCUAGCACGAUAGAUACACUUUCAGAACUCGAACGUCUGUUCAAACACAAGAUUCUGUUUGAGAAAGGGAUUCCUACAGCGUCGAAGAAGAUGAAAUGUGUGAACGAGUGUAUUCUGAAGGCUUUCGAACAAAUAUCCCAAGCUCUGAUCAGAGGUUUUGGCAUGAUAUCAGACACAAAUGCCUUGGAACAUCUGAGGUUGGCACUUCAGAAUGACCAAUCAGUUGUGAAUGAUGUUACACCAAAGGAAUCAACACCUUUGGCUGAAGCAGAGACAGUUGGAAUAGUGGUGAAUGAAGAGAUUGCCAUAGAGAAGGACAGGUUGAGUGAAGAGCUACAGAAUACAAAGGAGAAGUUGACCAAGGCUAUGAAUGACAAGUCUGAAUGGGAGGCGACGGUUCAUGCGAUGGAACAAGAACUUGAUGUUCUCAGAAGUUUGAGGUAAUAUCAAUUUUUAAAAAUUGUUAAUUUUAUGUGUACUCCAUUAUUGAUUGUAGGUUGAUAUAGUAAUUUAAGUAAAUAAAUAAAUAAAUUAGGUCAAAAAUUUUAAUUGUACUAUUUAGAGAUGAACAAACUCGUGCCGCAGACCUAGCUGAUCCUCAUACCAAGUUGGCACAACAUUCGUUGGAAGAAGUCUACAAACAGAAGAUAAAACAACUUGCUUUGGACUUGACUUUCGCCAAAAGUGAAGCUCUGUACUUUAAAGAAGAGGUAAGUUAUUGAUCUUUAUCAAUAUUAUGUUGCAACAAGGUUAACUUUAAUACACGACAUCCUCUACUGUUCGUAAACUAAACUUCAUUUUGAUGUACCUUUUAUACUACAAUCACCUAUUUAACCUCUACCCUUACAGUGUGAAGCCCUACUAGUAACGGGUAAGAUGUUGAAGCAAGAUUACUCCAGACUGAACGAGCCCUGUGCCAAAUGUGAAUCCCUGAACGAAGCCUUAUUGGCUACACAGUUAACCUUCGAAGAGCAGAUGCGGGAACUGUAUGAUAGAUUGGCAGAUCAAAGUCGAGAGUUGGAGGAGCAGAGAGAGGAGAUCCACAAGUUCAAGUUCAGCGGAUCGACCAGUCCAAUGUCAUCGACCGGGGAGACACUGCCGAGAGAAAACUCCUUCAAACGAGUAAGUGUACUGUAACAUAUGUAGAUAGUAAGGUGAACUCGUUUCUUGAGUAGGUGAUUAGUGUACUCAGUGUUUUGCCGGACCGGGUCCGGUCCGGAUUUUCAAAAAUUGCAAGAUUGAAAAUAACUUUUAAGCUUAUGGUUUGAAGUUUUAAAAAAUAAAUAACUUUUGUGAAGGUCCGUCUCAUACAACUUCCUCGCUAAACAUUUGGCCGGACCGAAUCGGUGUUGCCGGUCGGGGCGGUCCAUUUCGGUAAUAACUUGAUAGCCAAAGACGGACCUUCACAAAAGUUAUUUAUUUUUUAAAACUUCAAACCAUAAGCUAAAAAGUUAUUUUCAAUCUUGCGAUUUUUGAAAAUCCGGACCGGUCCGACAAAACAUUGAGUGUACUGAUGAUAGUGAUAUUUCUUAAAAAAGGAUUAUCUAAUAAAUAGUAAAACAUUACUAUUUUCAGAACAUACGACGAAUGGUGGGCAAGUGA